GGUGGGGAGGUGACACAUGUUGUCGACUGUCGUUGUUUUUUGUUUUGUUUUUUGUUUGUAAUUACAAUUACAGUAAUUUUGAAAUGUGUAGAAGGUGGUAGAGUUUUGUUUGUCGUUUAAAAGUUCGAAAUAACUCAGUACAUUCGACUUAUUUUUGUGCUUGCUAAAGUAUUUUAUUACCGACAUACCAACUAACCUUUUAAAUACAGUACAGUACAAUAUCUUAGGCCUUUUUUAGUUGUGGAUUUAAACAAAGUAACUUAGUUAGUUUACGUUUACAAAGUGUUGAGUUUUUAUUGAGUAGCAGGAACAUGUUUCCAGGCCUAGUCAACAUUUUGUAAUACUAAAACAGUAAUUAAUUGACAAUACAACAUUAUCUUUACCAUGAAUAGAUUAAAAAGUUUUGAACCGAUACAAAUUGAAAUAACCCUAACUGAUCUGAUCACACCGAAGUCAUGUUCAAUGUUUGUUGCUGAAUUAAUCAAAUUCAUCGUUUUUAGUAAGCAACAAAUACCUUAUCCAUAUGAGCGCCUAAAGAUGUUUGUAACGAAGAGGAUAGAACAGCAGAAAAUUUUAGAGUUAUCAAACACUCAAAAAGACUUUGGCACUUCCCAUGGUAUCACAUUCUUGAUGGAGAAACAUUACAAAAAGGUUGAAGAGGCUUACAGAAUUUUAGAUAGCACUUUCAAAUGCAUUGAACAUGAAUUGAUGAAGUCCACUGACUGCUCUAUUGAUGAAAUAGUUCUGCUUUUUGGAGCCACUCCCCUCAGCCCCAGAGAUGUGUACCGGAUAAAGAUACCCCCGUUGACCUUUGGGCAUUGUGAGAGCCAGCACGUGUGGAGAAAGCAAAUAGCAAAUUUGUUUAGGGGGAUUAUAAUUUCAGAUGAGGUCAAUGCAAACUUCCAGAAAAAAGUUGGUUUGACAAAUAUGUUUGUUUUUCUAAAAAAGAAAAACACAGAGACAGUUAGUUCAGAAUGGCUUCUUCCUAAAGACCAUUACAAAUUAUCUGAUCGCUCCCAACAAGUGUGUUUCUCAUUUACACCAUCAACAUCAAAACCAUGCUCGUGUGUUGCUGACCUUGACAAACUAACACAGAACAUGACAGCCCUCAGCAUUAGUGAUGAGUCAAUGGCAAGUGACAAAAUGGCUGAUUAUGUGUGGUACCAAACAUCCAAGACACUUAAAGGGUUCAAAGACUGUAAAUCAAAAGGGAAAUCCAUAGCAGAUUUGUGGUAUAAGCAUAGAUUUUUAUGACCAUCUGCAUUUAUUUAGAAAAAGUUACAAUUGUCUAAGGAUCAGCAUGUUUCAGUUUUUUUUUUUUUUUUUUUUAUAUAAUUUGUACUGUUAAUAAAGAUGUUAGUGUAUGCAUGAUUUAAUUAAUG